AUGCCUGUACGGAGGGGCCAUGUUGCCCCACAGAAUACGUUCAUUGACACCAUUAUAAGGAAAUUCGAUGGACAGAAUCGCAAUUUUAUCAUAGGAAAUGCACAAGUGGAGGGAUGUGCCAUUAUAUUUUGCAACGAUGGCUUUGGGGAGCUCAGCGGAUUCUCCCGGGCAGAGCUCAUGCAAAAAUCGUGCUGUUGUGAAUUUCUGUACGGGGAAAACACAAGUGAGGAAGGAAUUACUCAGAUUAAAAAUGCCCUUGAGAGGGGCGAGGAGAGUCAGGUCGAGAUCACGUUUUACAAGAAAGAUGGCACAUCAUUCCUUUGCAGCGUUUUGGUUGCUCCCGUCAAGAACGAGAAUGAGGAGAUUAUCAUGUGCAUCCUCAACUUUGAGGAUAUCAGCGAAAACAAGUAUGCAAGCACGCCAGAAGAAACCGCCACGCCUCCCGCGGCCGAGAACAGCGUCGGAUAUAAGUGGAGGAGAGGGAGAAGAUUGAGUUUACCUGUUGUUAUGAUGGACAAGCUCAAAAUAGCAAUGUCUCUCCAGCGAUCAAUGAAUCCCCAAAGUCAGAACCAAGACAACCAUCGGACUUUCCGGCUGAAGCUUCCACAGAUCUACCGCCAGCGGGACAACCUCAACCAGUCAGCCCCGCCAGAGGCAGAUGGAGAAAGGAGCGAGAAGGACAGCCAAGAGGGCGCCGUCAAUGGGCUCAGCCAGGGAGCAGGGUCGACGUCGACGACCACCGAACUCGAGAGCUCCAUGCCGUUGCUGAGUCUGAAGGAAGUCCCAUCCAACAAUGACUUGCCUACGUCGUCGACCCAGUCAACGAAGUCGGUGCAUUCGGAUUCGUUUUCUGGGGGUGGUGGGGAACUUUGUUGCAAGCAAAGCACGGAUUCUCUUCCUCAUAGAGGAGAAGGCUCAUUACGUGACGCAAACGAACACGAGACGAGCCUGACAGUGCACAACACCUUCCCAAGACAUGCCCCACUGGUCAAGACGUGGUCCAAUCAGACAGCUCGGAGUGGUGUCAGCAUCCGACGGGCGUCGUCCUUAGAGACCACAGACAGCAUCACAGCAAGAAAGAUGCGCAACUCCUACCUAAGUGACCUUGGAAACUUUGCAAAGAACCUUCCCUCGGCAGCGUCGGACUCCGAUCUGGCGAGGUACCGGCAGCUGCGCAAAGACGUAUCAACCCACAGCCUGCGGAGCUUGGACGAACAUCCCUUAGAUAGUGGCCUUAAUGAAGACAAUCGGGAGGACUCCAGUUCCUCCUCGGCGGUCACCAAGAAGAUCCUCAAGCCGGUCAGAGACGCAACACAAGUCGUCGGCAACAGAGUGACCCAGGUUAGUUGAUCGGGGGUGGUUGGU